AGACAGCGCCAACACCAUCAACAAGUAUGUUUCAGAUAAGAACAAUGGAAAGAUCGACAAGCUAGUCGAAGGCCUGGAUCCAGGCACAGUCAUGUAUCUCCUCAGCUACAUUUACUAUAAAGGCAAGUGGGCGACUCCAUUUGAUCCUGAUAUGACCAGGGAGGACGAGUUCAAUGUAGACGAAACCAAUAAGGUUCCAGUCAAGAUGAUGAGAAUGGAAGAAACACACUUUCAAACCUACGAUGACCAGGCAAUUAACACCUCAGUCCUCCAGCUUCCUUUCAACAAUUCCUUCUCCAUGCUGCUGAUGUUGCCUGAUAACAUGACGACCCUGGAGAAUGCCAUCUGUCCAGAUCAUGUUACCAAGUGGUUGAAGUGGAUGAAGCCCAGCGAGAAGACCCCGUCGCUGUGUUCCUGCAGCAGCGUUACGCAGUACCAAACGUAA